AUGAAAGAUAUUAUAUUACCAAAAAAUGCGUGCACACAGAGCGAAGAACAAUUUUGCCUACAGGACAUUAAAGCAAAAAAUGAAGAGGAUUACGCUAGUCAACUUAGCAGCCUACCCUACAUCUCCACCCAUCAUGGUGUAAGUAUAAGAAAGAAAAAAGUCGAACCAGCGGGGUUUAUGUUUUAUGUAAAAUACGAAAUUGCUUUGCUAAAAGGGAAAAAGAAAAAGACAAAGGAAGGUAAACAAAUUCCGAUAGAGGAGAUAUUUCUUUAUAAAGAAAAAAUAGAUUACUUGAAUGAACUUAAAGGAAAGAAUCAAGGGGAAGAGGAACCUCACAGUGAGGGGGACCAUGGUGGUGACUACAACAAAGAAAAGUCUACGAAAAAUAACAAAGACAAAAAUUACGAAGAUGAUUAUGAUGAUACGAACAACAUGGACAGUAGCAAUAAAAAGAAACAGGAAAAGGCAAACAAUAAGAAGAGCUCGAAUUUAGUGAAAAAAUGCAUAAACAAUAACAUAAAUGUUUAUGAAGUUUUAAGUGUGGAGGAGGCAGAUGAUUUAGAGACCAUAAAAGCGUCGUACAAAAAACUUAUAUUGUUAUUUCAUCCUGAUAAAAACAAAGGAACGACCUUUUUAAAUCAAAAAGAAAAGGAAAGAAAAAGGAAGAAGGAAAGGGAGAAGGGCAAAGACGGUAACAGAAACGAUGAUAAUGCUAAGGCAAAAGGCCAACAUGGCAGCCAGGAAACCCAAAAGGACUUUAUGUAUUACAUGGAAAAAUAUAAUAUAGAAAAAUUAACUCCAGAAGAAAAAAAAAUAAUGUUCCUAAAAAUUCAAGAUUCUUACGCUGUUCUGUCAGACAAAACACUUCGAAAACAGUAUGACAGUUCCAUUCCAUUUGAUGAAUACAUUCCAACGUUAACUGAACUGGAGGAAGCCCCGAAUUUUUAUGAAUUUUUGAGACCAGUUUUUAAAAGAAAUGCCAAGUGGUCAGCUAAGAAACCAGUGCCAGAUAUAGGAGAUGAACAUACAGAUAUAAAAAAUGUAAAAUAUUUUUACGACUUUUGGUAUAAUUUUAUCAAUUGGAGAGAUUUCUCGUAUCAAAAUGAGUAUAACUAUGAAGAAGCAGAGUGUCGAGAGGAGAGGAGAUGGAUGGAAAGAGAAAAUAAAAAAAUUCAGAAAAAGGCUUCCAAAGCUGAAAAUUUAAGAAUUAUAAAAUUGGUAGAUUUAGCGUACAAUAACGACCCCAGAAUUAUUGCAGAAAAUAAGAGAGUCAAAUUGGAGAAACAAAGGAAAAAAGAAUUGUCCAUAUUGGAGAAACAGAAAAAAAUUGAUGGGGCCACGAACGAAAUGGAAAAGGAGAGCACCACCAAUCAACAGAGCAAUGAUAAAAAAAAUAAGGACAACAAAGCAGCUGUAAAAAUUUGGAGACACCAUAUUAAAUCGCUCUGCGUAACCAAGUUAGCUAAAUAUGUAGACUCGGAUUUGGUGCAGGAAAGAUUAUCCCUUAUGCCCUUUGAAACCUUGUGUGAAUUUAUAGAUGACAUUUAUGUAUUUCUCAAUUUUAACCUGCAAAAGGGGAAUUCCCUUUCUGUAGAAAAGACGAAUGUCUCCAACGAUAACCAGGUUAUUAAGCAAUCACAAGGGGGGAAAGAUGUAACACACAUUGCACACGGCAAGAGUGAUAGCAGUGCCCUAAUUAACACGAAUAGUGUUUAUGAAAAUGGGUCCAGUAGUUUGGUAGGGAUGAAUGGAAUUGCCAAGCAGGACUCAAAUAACAUAGUGAAGAAGGACCCCCGUGAACACGCCAAUUCAGGUUCGUCCAAACACUCCGCGGGUUACACAAAUGACAAAAAUUAUAAGACCAAGAAGGAGGAGAACAACACAUUAAAUGGGCAUAUCGCUAAGAUUAGCAACGAUGACCAUAAGGAUAACUUUUCUGUAGACAAGGACAAACAAAACCAAGUGAUGAAUAGCAAAACCUCCUUUGAAAGACCACCUUCUGAAAAUAAUCAUCUUCACCACAGCAAAAUAGAAACAGGAGAAAAUGAUCCACAAGUGGAAGUGUAUACAACUGGUAACAAAAGAGAAGAUGAACAGAAUGAGAAAAAAUUAGUAAAUGCGGAGAAGGUAACAAACGGAGUGAAUUCAGGAGAGCCAAAAGUAUCUGACGGUGACGAUUCCAAGAGAAGCCCCUCAGAAAACAUGGACAUGCGGAAUAACACCAUGAGCAGUACGACGUGUAGCACAGCGAGUAGCACGACACGCAAUCAGGUGGUUAACCAAACGGUCAAGCAGGUGGUGGGUCAAAUGGCCAGUCAAACACAGAACAUCAAGGACAGUGGGGGAAACAGAACCACCGGGUUUAUAGGCCACCUGAAGAAUAUAGAACUGGCAGAAAAGGAAAUCGAGCUGCUAAUACUGAUAUUUAAAAAAUACAUUAACCAAUUUACCCUUGUUGUGGAAAAAGAACAAACGAAGAACUUGGAGGAAACCGCGAAUACAAAAAACAAAAAUGAAAAAGGUGCACAGAUAACAGAAGAGGAAACCAUAAAUAGAAGCCCAUCCCCUGUGCAAGAACAAGUUAGCGAUAAUGUAAAGCUAAUGAAUGAACUUGGAAGUGGUCACGUUUCUGAAAAUGACAAAAAGAAGAAUGAAGAAUCUAGUAAUACAUGCGGGAAGUGGACUGCCCAGGAAGUAUCCCUACUUGCGAAGGCAUUGAAGUCCUACCCAGGGGGGACCAGAAAUAGAUGGGAACAGAUUUCCAAUUUUAUAAAAACGAAAAGUGUGAAAGAAGUUAUAAAGAAGACGAAAGAAAUGUUCGAAAAUGAAACCCUAAAAAAUUUAAGCAGAAACUUUGAGGAAACUGCUUUUGAUAAUUUUAAAAAUCAAAAUAAAGGAGUGAUGAAAAAAAUUGAUGACAAUUUGGAUAAGAGGGAUGUAAAAAUGACAACCGAUGGGGAAGAAAACUUAACAAAUAACUCGGCAGAUAAUUUGACAAAUAAUUUAACGAAUAAUUUAAAUGGCCACGCGGAGGUGAAGCGGCCAUGGACGCAUCAGGAGCAGCAUUUGUUGGAGCAAGCGCUGAUGAAGCACCCUGCAUCUUUACCGAAAAAAGAGAGGCUUCAGUUAGUGGCUUCUGAGAUAAAGACAAGAACGCUAGAGGAAGUUAUCCUCAGAAUGAAGACUCUGAGGGCACAGAUAUUAGCCAAGAAGGCGGCAAAGUAA